UCAUCCCUUUCUCUUCCAUCCUCUUCUAAAUUUCUCUUUCUUUUUUCUCUUUCUUUCUGUUUCUCUUUCAACCGGAUUGACGACUUAUCAACUUGCAAGGUUUUCGCUUUUUCUUCAUCUUUUUUUCUUCUUCUUCUUCUCUGGUUGUUUGUUGACAUGGUUGUUAAACUUUUCUAUUAAAAAUUCACCUUAAUCAGUUAAUCAUGUUUCCAUAUCACCUAAUCCACCCUCUGAUACUGUUAAUUUAAUUGUUUCCAAUUUCUAUUCUCCCUCUCUCUCUCUCUCUCUCUUUUGGAAUUAUCUUUUUCCAAUCAACUGUUGUUUACUUUUCAGUGUCUACAGUUUGUUGAUUGAUUUUCAACUGUUUUUCCUUUUUGUUUGUGAAUUUUUCUUAAAUUAAUUGUGAGAAUUUGUUUCAUGUGGUAAAAGUUCCAUUAUAAUCCAUCCUCCGAUUCAUCUUUUGUUUGUCAUUCUCAUAAACUAACUAUGGGUUAGUAUUUGUGGACAUUGGAAUCUCAUUUUUUUUUCUUUGACAAAACGGACAAUCAAUCACAAAUUUCUCUUCACCUCAAUUAACUCAAUCUCCAAUAAUCAUCGCUAAUAACAUGCAUCAACUAUUCGUUGAGGUGUUAACCAAACGGGAUCUCUCUCGAGCUGGUGAUCUUUUCUCAAUUGAAGAUAAAAGCAUCGUACCUGAUUUAUCAGUUCUAAUCAAUGAGAUUCAAAGGAUUUCCAGUUCCAGAGAUUUUAACAAAGUUAACAACGAUCAAAGUGUUAUCGAAAUAUGUUUAGCUCGAAUUACAUCUGCAAUUAGAGAUUCAGGUACCAUUGAAGAACAUGCUCCAGCCUUGGUUUCCCUGUUGGAAUCAUGUCUCUCCCAUGACCUUAAGCCAAAUAAAAAGGACGAGGAUCCACCUCAUGCCAAAAUAGCUUCCGAUGUUGUCUCUUGUAUUUUUCUUAAUCACACCAAGAAAUCGCUUAUGCGAAUCGCUGUUCCCGUGGCCAUUAAGCUUCUCCAUCGAGGUAACAAAGAGUUGAGCCGAAAUUUAUCAAGUUAUCUUUCUCUUGCUGCCAUUAAUAAUUCUGAGGUACUUUCACCUCACAUUCAACCAAUUAUCGAUUCAAUUAUUGGUGGUAAUUAUUCACUGGUUCGAGUUUUACCCAAAAUCUAUUCCGUUAACAAGGAACCCAUUCACGAUCAUGUGAUGGCUCUUGUCUCUCUUUUACCUCAAUGUGAUACACCUGAGAAACUUUCGCUUCUUCACCUUUUCGCACUCAUCUCGAAAAAUAAACCCUCCAUCUUGGAAUCUAAUUUACCACAAUUUAGUGAGUGUUUAGCUCAAUCGCAAACAGCUUAUCAAACGUUACAAAUUUUCCUUGACAUGGCCAAUGUUGACCCUCGACCUUUCGUUGAAUAUGUUGGCCAGGUUAUCGCUGCUUGCGAAUUACAAAGUGGAAUGUUAUCAAUUGCGGCACAAUUCUUGGGUAUUAUCGGUAAACAGGAUAUCGAACAAGCUUGUGAUUGUGUUCGUUUUCUUACCUCGCAAUUAUCUCGAUCCGAUUUAUCAACAACCAUUACACUUUUACGAGAAAUCAAGUCGAUUGUUGAAGUUUUCCCUACCUUGAUACCAUCAUUUCUGAAUCAAAUUCUAGUACAAACCGAAAAUAGUACCUCAGCCACUGUUCAAAUUUACCUUCAACAAUUGAAUACUCUUAAUCAACAGGUAACCUCUUCCAAUGCCAUCACCGUAGUUCGUGUUAAUUGUGAUAACAAUUUAAAAGUUUCACCAGUAGGGUUAGGAGGAAACACUGGAAGCAAUCAGUUAACCACUACCACUGGUUUGACUGAUUCCCAAAUAUCAACUUCAUCUUCUUCCGCUCAUCAUCACCAUCAACCUCGUUCAAAAGGAAUCUAUUCAUUCUCAUCCAAUGCUCCCUCUUUCCAUCAUCGUAGUGUCCCCAGGUCAUCAAAUCUUCACGGUAUCUCAUCAAUUUCAUCUUCCUCAUCAACUGGACAAUCUCAUUCACUUCAUCAGCACCACCAUCAACCACAACAUAGUAGUAUCUUCAGCCACUCUGGACAUCCUCAUUCGUCGACUUCAUCGACAAACGGCUUCUAUCGAUCCAUGACUACCCUUGGACUUCCCAGUUACUCUUCCCGACAUCAGGUCAAUCGUAGGUCAAUCGAGAGCAUAAUGGCCGGAACGACAGCGUCAAGCUCACAGAAAAGUGCCUCAUCGUCUUAUCUUCUUGCUCUCCAAGAAAAGGAAUCAGCCGCUGCCGCUGCAUCCAAAUCAAAAACUGUCGCCACUUCCGUUGACUCUCAACUUCAAGGUACCAAUGCGGUUUUCUCGUCAACCUCUUCUUCUCAUUAUAAUAUUGAAAAUUCCCGUCUAGAGGGUAUUUCAAACAGUUUAAACUCUAAACUCAGGUCAACCUCAUCAGGUGAACAUCUUAAACAAAGUCGAACCUCUCUUCUUGAACCUUAUCCCAUGAGAGACGCUGUUCAACAUUUUUGCGAGAAACACAUCGAUAAGAUCAAAGCUUAUAUGCAGAAAAUUUCAGUCAAGAUUCCGUUACCCGUUAAAUGUACCAUAGAGGAAAAGAAGGCCAAAAAACUUGCCAAAUUACAUUUCGUUUGUCAAGGUAAAGGAACCAAUUGUUUGUACAGUAAAACCUUUUUCACCAUGAAAACCCGAAACGCACGAAUAUGGAUUCACUUAAUGUUUCUAGCACUUCAGGCCAAAGCACCGACAGCCUUGUGUACCAAUGAGGCUUCCGUUAAUGCAUUGAAAAAUUGUUGGGACACCUUGAAAGCGGAUAAUAAAACUUUCCUCACCUUGGUGACCUCAUCUUUCCCUGCGACCAAAGAUCAGGAUCUUUUAAUGAACGAACUUCGAUCUUCCCGAUAUUUUGAUGUUUUCGAGUUCAACGCUCUCAAUAAUAUCUGGGGUUGUUUUCUCUGUAAUCAUCCAGAUCGUGCUACCGAAUUUUUGCAAAAUUCUGAGCCCGUUAUCCAAGGCCAAUUGAAAGAAAAGAAAGGAAAAUGGAAACUUUUCCGUCGAUGGCGAACUCAUUAUUUCACCUUAUCGGGACUUCAUUUAUCUUACAGAGAAUCGAAAGACACCAAAGAAACUCAGCCGAUCGAAAUCGGGGAAAUAUUAAGCGUCAAGGCGAUUCCCAGUUCCAAAGGACGAACCAUUCCCAAAGCGUUUGAAAUUUUCACCAACGAGGAUAAAACUUAUGUCCUGAAGGCAAAAAAUAGUCUCAAUAAUGAACAAUGGGUUCAAUGUUUAUCCAUAGCAAUGGCACAUUCGCAGGCAAAGGAUACAAACGGUUGAACAAUUAACCAUAAUCACCUUUGAGAGGAUAAUCAAAAUAAAAGAAUCAAAUUGAACGAUGAAAAUCAAAUCAAUAAUCAACUAAUAAUAACAGUGAUUGUUUGUAAACAUCAUCAGCUGAUUGCAUUUGUUUAUUAUGUGAAAAAAAAACAUGAUAAUAAUCAUGAUUAUCAUUGAUUAUCCAAUAUUUAUGUAUUUUAUUGGAUGGAUGCAACAAUCAACAAUUAAUGCUAAUGAAUUACAACCAUACAAUUAAGCUAAUCUUUUCUUGAGUAUAUGCAAUGAAUUACAAGAAUAUGA